UAAUCUUAAUUGAGUUAGAGGGAAGGGGUGAGAGAGAAACGUUUAUUUGUUUAAGCUCCAAGCUCAAAUUAGAGAGAGACACGUUUAGCUGCUUUAGCUCUAAUCCCAAAAGUAAACCUGAUUCUAGAGAGAAAAAGGGAGAUAUGGCAUCGAGAUUCUGGUCGUCAACUUCUGAUAGCGCGCCUCUUCUCUCAACUUCUCCAACUUUUAAGGCUUCUUCAACCCCUAAUUUCGCAGUGGAAAUGGUGACGUCCACAACGAAGAACGCCUUUGUUGGAGUUGAUGUAGGCACAGGCAGCGCAAGAGCAGGAGUUUUUGAUGAACAUGGCAAGCUUCUAAGCACUUCUAGUAGCCCCAUACAAAUAUGGAAAGAGUGCGGGUGUAUCGAACAAUCAUCAACAGACAUAUGGCAUGCUAUUUGUGCUGCUGUGAGAGCAGCAUGCAGCCUGGCAAAUGUUGCUGGGCAAGAUGUUGUUGGUUUGGGGUUUGCAGCUACUUGCUCACUUGUGGCAGUGGAUGCAGACGGCUCUCCUGUCACAGUUUCAUUGAGUGGGGAUGCUCGGAGAAAUGUUAUAGUUUGGAUGGAUCAUAGAGCUGUUUCUCAAGCCGAGCAGAUAAAUUCCAAUAAGUCACCUGUUCUCCAGUAUUGUGGUGGGGGCAUCUCACCUGAAAUGCAACCACCAAAGCUCUUGUGGGUAAAAGAAAAUUUGCAAGAGUCAUGGUCUAUGGCUUUUAGGUGGAUGGAUCUUAGCGACUGGUUGGCAUAUAGAGCAACAGGUGAUGACACUCGUAGCCUAUGCACGACAGUGUGCAAGUGGACAUAUCUUGGUCAUGCACAUAUGCAACAAAUGAAUGAAAAUGACUCUCAGGCUAUGGAAGCCUGUGGGUGGGAUGAUGUCUUCUGGGAAGAAAUUGGGCUUGGAGAUCUUGUGGAAGGGAAUCAUGCAAAAAUAGGACGAAGCGUUGCAUUUCCUGGACAUCCCUUGGGUUCUGGUCUGACGGCUGCUGCUGCACAGGAGCUUGGUCUCGCAGUGGGAACCCCUGUUGGAGCUUCAUUGAUUGAUGCUCAUGCAGGAGGUGUAGGGGUGAUGGAAAGCAUGCCUGCUUCACAUUUUCAAGCAAAAGGGGUUGACGACAGUGAAACAAUAACCCAUCGUAUGGUUUUGGUUUGUGGAACAUCUACUUGCCAUAUGGCGGUGUCACGGAGUAAAAUCUUUAUUCCAGGUGUCUGGGGCCCAUUUUGGUCAGCAAUGGUGCCGGAAUAUUGGCUCACAGAAGGAGGUCAAAGUGCAACUGGUGCCUUGCUAGAUUAUGUCGUUGAGAACCAUGUUGCCUCUCCUCAUCUUGCUGAUCGUGCUGCAUCUCAAAGUCUUUCACUCUAUGAAUCACUGAACAAGAUAUUAGAAUCAACCAUGCAAGAGUUGAAAGCUCCAUUUGUUGCCUCCUUGACCCAGGAUUUACAUGUUCUUCCUGACUUCCAUGGGAACAGGUCUCCAAUUGCAGACCCCUUGGCAAAAGGAAUGAUUUCUGGCUUAACACUUGAUUCAAGUGAGAAACAGUUGGCCCUCUUAUACCUUUCAACACUGCAGGGUAUUGCAUAUGGCACACGCCAUAUUGUUGAGCACUGUAAUGCUCAUGGGCAUAAGAUUGACACACUUCUUGCAUGUGGUGGACUUUCCAAGAAUCGCUUGUAUCUUCAAGAGCAUGCAAAUAUAAUUGGCUGCCCAAUAAUCCUUCCAAGAGAAAAUGAGUCUGUGCUAUUGGGUGCUGCCAUCCUUGGUGCUGUUGCUGCUAAGAAGUUCCCAAGUCUUCAUGCUGCAAUGAAAGUACUGAAUGCAGCUGGAGAGGUUGUUUUGCCAUCUCAAGACCCUAACAUGAAGAAAUACCAUGACGCUAAAUAUCGAGUUUUCAGGGACCUGUAUGAGCAGCAGCUCUCAUACCGUUCAAUUAUGGCUGAAGCUUUGAGCUAAAUGUGAAAAUAUGAUAACAGUGCAUGAAGAUGCAGAGAGAAUUUAAGUUACCCGAGGGAAAUAUGAUUCCUUCAAGUUCCAAAGAUCACAAAAAAGAUAAAAGCAAAAAGAGCUCAUGGGUUAAUGAUUUAUUCAUGUAUUACUAUGGCCAUUCAAUUUCUUGUAAAUGACAGCAAAUAAAGCUCUCUGACUAAUUGUAUAGAAGACUUCAAUUCAUACUUCUCUGUGAGGUACUGUAAAUA